AUGUCGGAAGAUGUAGUAGAUUAUAUAAAAUUAAUUGAUAAGGAUCCUACAUUAUGUAACAAUGAUUUAUUUAAAUUUUAUAAAAAAUUUAGCAGCAAAUGUGAAGAUUUGAAUGAUGAAGCUUAUUGUAAAGUUAAUAUGUUUGAAGGUGUAAAUGAAAGUGCAAACGAUAUUUUCAAGAAACUGAUGAGAAAUGUUAAUAAGAUAAUAAAGAAUAGUGAUAUAUAUUAUAAUACCAUAGAUAACGGAAAUUAUAUUAAUAAACUAUGUAUAUACUUAAAGUAUUGGUUAUACGAUAAAAUACUCACUAAAAACAUUGAUGAGUCUAAUAUUGGUAAAAUAUUCGAAGCGUUGGUCCCAAAUAAUGAGAAGCCUUCAGAUAAUAGUUUAAAAUGUGAAUUUCAUGAGAUUAAAUUGAAUGAAAUUAAGGAUAUAAAAAAAUUAUAUGAUUAUUUUGUAUUUUACGAUGGAUAUAAAUUUGUGGGAAAUAUUAUAAAUGAUAAAAUAUUCAAUAGUGUGCAUCGUGAUUACCUAAAGGGGGCUAUUGAUGUACAUAAAAAAGCAGAAAGUGACUGCACUGAAAAAAAUAUUACAGGAUAUUGUAAUGAAUAUAAUAAUUACAUUAAAAAAUAUAUUGAUGGUAAAGUAUUAUAUUCAUUAGAAAAAAAACUUAAAGAUGAGGACAUAGUUACAAUAAUAGAGAAAACACUUGAAACACAGGGUACAACACCAGCACCGCGUGUUAAAGGUGCUCUAGAAGAAGGGGACACAUCACAUACUGAUAAAAAACAGGUAAAAUCAUAA